AUGAUUUUUGCUCCAAUAGGCAUCUUGAUUGCACGCUAUGGACGAUUAUUACGUAUUGGUGUCCGACAAAAAUUAUUCGGUGAUACUAUAUGGUUUCAAGUACAUCGUCUAGCACUCUCAUUAGCUGCAUUGGUGACACUCCUUGGCUUCUUUCUUAUUCUAGUUCAAGCUCAAAGCACCUGGGUUGAUGUCAAUUCCGAUGGACAACUUCUUUACGCUCAUUCGAUAUUGGGUGUUCUCAUUGUCUGUUUUGCUAUGACUCAAGUCUGGAUGGCACUAUUUCGUUGUCAUCCAGAUGGUAAAUUUCGUUUUAUUUAUAAUUGGGCUCAUCGAACAACUGGUGUGCUAGCUUUUGUUCUCUCUGUUCCCACCAUUUUUAUUGUUACCUAUUGGCUACCUGCCUAUCACAAUGGUUUUGUUGCAAUUCUAUCACUUUGGACAGCAUGGGUGGUUAUUGUUGUAGUCGCAUUCGAAUUUCUCGAACAUCGGGGUAAAGCAUCACGAAAAUUGUCAAAGAAUCAUUAUGAAAUACGCCAAACCGCUUAUGAACUAUCUGAAAUUGAUCAUCAUCAACAGAGUGAAGCUGCAGUGGUUGAGAACGAAGAAUUGGAGAGUAACGUUGUAAACAAAGCAAAAUUGAUAUUAUUGAGUAUACAUGUAAUCGUCUCAAUUGCACUUGCUAUUCCUCUAAUUGUCCUUAUUUGGCAACAGAAUUGA